UCCACCCAACCCAGUCCACAGCUAAGCAAGAAGGGCCAGGCGGGCGAGGGGGAGAGAGAGAGGGACCGCUCAAGUACAAUUCUAGCCUAGUUUCUUGAUCGCGGUUUGCAGCCACGACCGAGAAUUAAUCCCAAGAAUGUUCUAGAUCUUCCGCCUAGCGCCGCCGCCGCUGCUCCAAUUCGGCCUGCACGUGCCAUGGACGGGGUGGGAGGAGGCGGUGGUGGCAUGGCCGGCAUGCCGGGAGCUCCUCAAAACAUUCUGGACGCCGGAGCUCAGGAGUACUACCCUAGUGCUGGCGCGCCCUACCCGCCCCCGCCGUUCCUGUCGCUUCCGCACCAGCUCUACUGCCCGCCGCCGUUCCCGGUCAUGCCGCCGCCGAUGGCCAUGGCCAUGGCCAUGCCCAUGCCACAGCCGCAGACCGUCGCGAUUCCGCCGCAGAUUGGGCUCCCCGUGCCGACGGUAGCCGCGACGGCGGUCGACGGUCCGGCGAGCCGCGCGGUCGUGCUCAGCCUGCUGCCGCCACACACGCCGGAGAUCAAGGUGGCGCGCGCGAUGGCGCCCUUUGGCGACGUGCGCACGGUGGACGCACCGGCGCUGGCGUCCGAGGGCGUGGCCACCGUGCACUUCUUUGACCUCCGCGCCGCCGAGAACGCCGUCACCGCGGUGCGCGAGCAGCACAUGCGGCAGCAGUGCCGCCUCAGCCAGCUGUACGCCGCCACGACCGCCUGGCCACCCCAGCCGCCGGCGUGGGACUGGCACCAGGACGACUGCCGGGGCCUCGUCCUCGGCCAGGCCGUAUGGGCUCACUUCGCCGCUGCCUCCACCCUCCCUGACGACGGCGCCAACCGCGGCUCCCUCGUCGUGCUCAAUUCGCUCCCGGACGUCUCCCUCUCCGAGCUCCGCCAGGCCUUCCAAGCUUACGGUCCCUUGAAGGAUGUGAGGGAGUCCGCGCAGCGGCCGAACCACAAAUUCGUGGAGUUCUUCGACACGCGCCACGCCGCCCGGGCGCUCGCCGAGCUCAACGGCCGGGACUUCUUCGGCCACCGCUUCAUCCUCGAGUUCACGCGCCCUUCUAUCCCCGGCGCACGCAGGCGCGGGUUCGUGUCGCCGCGACCCAUCGUCCCGACACCGCCCAGGCUGCAAGCGGCGUGGCGUCCCUUGCCGUCUCCGGCGAAACAGCCGUCGUCGUCGUCGACCGGCACGGGCAAGGCGAGGGGAGAGGUGGUUACCACGAGCAGGUGCUCCUCCAGGUCUAACGCGGGCGAUCGGUCCAAGGGUGGUACAAGCCAAGAACGGAAGGGCAAGGGCAAGGGCGGGAAGAAAGCCACAAUUGUCGUUGACACGACGUCGUCGUCUCCGGCUUCGGCUUCCGAGGCGGCGGCGACCGCGUCGGCGUCCGGCAAGCAGCAGCCACAGAAAGGAGUCAUCCGCGUGGGGAGCUGGAGAGGCCCCAAGAGCUGGAGAGGCGGGUGGGAGACGCGUUUCGAGUUCAAACAGCCCGCCGCUGCCGCCGACAGCAACGCCACCACCGCCGCCGACACGGACACGCAAGAAGCGGAGACGAGGACCACCGUGAUGAUCAGGAACAUACCGAACAAGUACAGCCAGAAGCUGCUGCUCAACAUGCUGGACAACCACUGCAUCGAGUACAACAAGAAGAUCGACGCCGGCGAAGGCGGCGGCGAGCCCUUCUCCUCCUACGAUUUCCUCUACCUCCCCAUAGAUUUCAACAACAAGUGCAACGUGGGCUACGGGUUCGUGAACCUUACCACGCCGGAGGCGGCCGUGCGGCUGUACAAGGCGUUCCACAAGCAGCCAUGGGAGGUGUACAACUCGCGCAAGAUCUGCCAAGUCACGUACGCGCGCGUGCAGGGCCUGGAGGCGCUCAAGGACCACUUCAAGAACUCCAAGUUCCCCUGCGACAGCGACGAGUACCUACCCGUGGUCUUCUCGCCGCCGCGCGACGGCAGGCAGCUCACCGAGCCGGAGCUCCUCGUCCCCCGCUCGCCCAUGCCGUCGCCGUCCUCGCCGCGGAAGGGCCAGGCCGCGGGCGUGGACCCGCUGGCGCUGGAGCUCAUGGCGCCGCCCUCGUCGUCCGGCGACGGCGCGUCCUCGACGAUGUCCACCCACGCCGACGAGGACGUCCAAGGCGCGAGCGGCAGCAGCGACGACGGCGACGACGGUGGGCUCGGCGAGGAGCUACAGCGCCUAGGGUACACCGACUAGGUCCUAUAGGCACGCGGCGAGCCAGCCAGCCUAGCAUUUGCUUCGAGAAGUGGCCGAGCAAUGAUGGUGGUUGCUGCCAUGGCAUAUCUCUGGGGCGGAUCAGCGAGUGAAGCGAAGGGUCACACAACAUUUAUGGCAUGUGAAUGGAGAUUGAACGACGACAGGAGUGUGUGAGAUGAAAUGACUCGAGAAAAGAAGCGAUUUGAUGUGUGUGGUUUCGAUCGAGAGAGGUAUCAUCAUCAUCGCCGUCGUCAUUCAUUCGUACUAGCUGGAUGCAUGCAGCAGGGGGAGUCGUGUUCUUGUGGUUUUUAGAUUUGAAGUUAAGUUUCUCUCUUUGAAACUUGGAGCUAGC